CUCAGCAGGCGACAUAACAGGAGGAAGGUGGAAAAAUCACACAAGCUGCUUCAUCUGCUGCUGCUGCCCCACAUUGUGAAUGCUCUCAGUGUGUUUCUCCAAAGCCUCCAACAAGCGGCUGUCCUUCAUUAUUUAAAGUGGACGGCGCGGCGGAGACGCUCCGGAGGUCCCACUCGGCGCCCUGCAGACCGCACGGCCGCUACAAUGAUUUGAUCGUCGCCACGGAUCCAUCCAGUCGGUGUUGUAGAUGACAAGAGGGAGCAUGAAGUUUGCGGUGGCGGUGUUGUGGUUCUCCCUGGCUCUCGGGAAGGCUACUAUGCAAGCUCAGGAAGACUUUGUGUCUCUGGCCGAGAUGGAGGAUUCCUUGUUGAGGAACCUUUUCAGGGGUUACCAGAAGUGGGUUCGGCCUGUCCAGCACGCAAACGACACCAUCACUGUUUGCUUUGGACUCAAGAUCUCACAGCUGGUUGACGUGGAUGAAAAGAACCAGCUGAUGACUACAAAUGUCUGGCUCUGGCAGGAGUGGGUUGACGUGAAGCUGAAGUGGAACCCAGAUGACUAUGGAGGCAUCACCUCCAUCAGAGUGCCCUCGGAGACGAUCUGGCUGCCUGACAUCGUUCUGUACGAGAAUGCCGAUGGUCGUUUCGAGGGUUCCCUUAUGACCAAAGCCAUCGUGCGCUGGGACGGCACCAUCACAUGGACUCCUCCUGCCAGCUACAAGUCCUCCUGCACCAUGGACGUCACCUUCUUCCCCUUCGACCGCCAGAACUGCUCCAUGAAGUUCGGCUCCUGGACCUACGACGGGAACAUGGUGGACCUGGUGCUGCUGGACCACUACGUGGACCGUAAAGACUUCUUCGAUAACGGCGAGUGGGAGAUCCUCAACGCCACGGGGGUGAAGGGGAGCAGGAGGGACGGGGUCUACUGGUACCCGUUUGUCACCUACUCCUUCAUCCUCAAGAGACUGCCCCUGUUCUACACCCUCUUCCUCAUCAUCCCGUGCCUCGGCCUCUCCUUCCUCACCGUGCUGGUGUUUUAUUUGCCGUCAGACGAAGGAGAGAAACUGUCACUUUCCACGUCUGUGCUGGUGUCGCUCACCGUGUUCCUGUUGGUCAUAGAAGAAAUCAUCCCUUCAUCCUCAAAGGUGAUCCCACUGAUUGGAGAAUACCUGCUCUUCAUCAUGAUCUUCGUCACUUUCUCCAUCAUCGUCACUGUCUUCGUCAUUAACGUCCACCACCGUUCCUCUGCCACGUACCACCCCAUGGCCCCCUGGGUAAAGAGCCUCUUCCUCCAGAGACUGCCCAGACUGCUGUGUAUGAGGGGCCACACUGACAGAUACCACUUUCCAGAUAUGGAGAUGCGUAGCCCAGAGCCGAAGCCCCGCAAAGGUGUGGGGAGGAGAGGGGCUCCGGGCCACAGCGGCUCCCAGCAGAGGGGCCCCCUGGCAGGGAAGGAGGACGAGAACCAAGCCUGGCUGGCCAUGCUGGAGAAAGCCACCAAUUCAGUUCGCUACAUCAGCCGUCACAUCAAAAAGGAGCACUUCAUACGAGAGGUUGUUCAAGACUGGAAGUUUGUGGCUCAGGUGUUGGACAGGAUUUUCCUCUGGGCCUUCCUCACAGUGUCAAUACUGGGAACUGUCCUAAUCUUCACCCCUGCUCUGCAGAUGUACUUCAGCACACCUUGAAACACACACACAAAAAAACUCCCCAACACUCUCCAGCAGCUCAUUCUUGUUUUCCAGUUUGUCUUGUCCGACUUUGACUUAUUGAUAAAGCUCAAUAAAACAUUCACACUGUAUAUUUCCUUUGCAGAAACAAGCUCAAGCUCUAAAACUUUUACCUCCCUACAGUAUGGUUUGCAGCCUGUAAUGACUCCUGCAGACUGUAGUAUUGUAGAUGCAACCUGUCAUUCAUUGUAAGGUGCAUGCACACACGUGCAAAGGAAUGAAAGCAAUAAGCAGGUUAUAGUAGCGUGUAUGAUUUGAAUGUCCAUGUUUGUAUAAGUGUAACAUUAUACAGUUAUUAUACAUGCAACAACACGCACAGUAUCACUCCAUGAAUAAUGAGUUGUUUUGUGUGUCACUUGUCCAGCCAGCUGUAAGUGCUGUAAUGAAUUAAUAAAAUAAAAAUGAUGUAUA